AUCACUAAACAUAACCAACAAAAUGAAAAGUUUUUGAAUUCAGGAGUCAAGACAUGUGUUUUUAAAAUUCAAUAAUUAUUUCAUUUCAGUGUAUGUAUAAAUCACGAAAAUGGAUUUUAUAAUAGACACCGCGGGGGAUGAUGAACUAACCUUGAAAACAGAAUUGAACGAGCGAGAUAAUUUUUACAGAGAAAAAGAAAACAGAACUCAAUCUAUAUUAGAUUUAUUAGAAAAGAAAAAAGAAGAAUUGGACAAAAAUAAAGAAGCCGAAGAAAACAUUCAAAAUAAAUUAAAAGUACUGAAAAUAGAUACAUUAUUUGAUAAAUUCUUUGAUGACAUGAAAUGGAGCUAUUCUGUUGUUGUAAAACAUAAAGAUAAGAAAAAGUUUCGCUUUGAACAAUUAGAUGUUGAGACGGGUACUCUCAAAUCUAAACUGGGUUCUGUGGAUGUAGAAAAAGAAAUGCAAAAUUCAGUGUUGAAGCCAGGAAUUGAAAAAGAACAUUGUUUACCAAAUUACAAUAUCAGUGAUAGAAGACUGAAAGCAUUAAGAAAGAAAGAGAGAGAAAAGAACAAAGGUCCUGAUUGGUACAACCUGCCUGCACCUGAGAUAACAGAAGAGCUCAAGAAUGAUCUGCAAAUUCUUAAGAUGAGGUCAGCAUUGGAUCCCAAACACUUCUACAAGAAGAAUGAUAUGGAAGUCCUGCCCAAGUAUUUCCAGGUUGGGAAAAUUAUGGAUUCACCAUUAGACCAUGUCAACGAGAGAUUGACUCGAAAGGAGAGGAAAAGGACUAUGGUUGACGAGCUUCUAGCUGAUGCCGAGUUCCAGAAGUAUAACAAGAAGAAGUACAAAGAGAUUGUUGACGACAAGAGAAAGAGGGAGUACCGGACCUUCAUGAAAGAUAAGAGGAAGAAGAAUAAGGCGGAGUUAAAAAAGAGUAAACUUAAUGUUAAGAAGAAAGCUAAAAGUAAAUAAAAUUUUUAUUUAAUA